AUGGUUUCUUUCAAGGCUCUCGUGCUUACGAUGAUCCCUGCGGUGAUGGCGCAGAACAAGACCCUGAUUGGCACCACGAGCGAGUUCCGCGUCUGCACCGUGGACGCCAGGCCCAUCUACUCCGAUACCUUUCCGACAAUCAGUAUUACAGAGCCCGAUUUAACACAAGAUGAACAGAUCAACCCAGUUCAACGUUGCUGUCGGCUGUCGCCAAUUUGGCUGACCGAUUAUUCUUCCGUAGAAACACCGCAUGCACCGGAAGCUACGACACGGUGGGAUACCGGAGCGACUGCUAUCAGAAUAGCCGGUUCUUUCAGAACUUUGGGGACGAUGGGCGGUCGAGACUUGUCUGAAGAGUCUGUGGAUGGACUUAUAAAUGCGACAUAA